AUGGGUGAAAUGCUAGAGAGGCAAAAAAAAAGGUUGCCAAGUAAAGCGAAGUAUUUGAAGUAUACUGCAAGCAUCACCGAAACAGGAAAUCACGAAGCUGACUCAUCUGUGAUUUUCCGUCCCCACCAUAGUGAUGUAACAUGCAGUAACGCACGGCGGGCCGAAAGUCGGACUUUACCCCAGAUUUGUAGUUGUAUCCUAUUGGAUCACGGGCGACGGACAAGACCCGAAGUGCGGACCGGCAUGGUCAGCUUGCACGGAAGCUUUAAGGGUUUCCCUUGUUUCGGCAUUAGAAGAGGCAUUUCGCACGUUUUACCGGGUCAGAAACUUCGAGGAAGCUGUGACAAUUGGAAAAAAAGGCAAAACUAA